CUCAACAUGCACUUUUAUUCAAUUAGCUCUCUCUAUUUCGAACCCUAGUCAAUCCCUCUCACCCGCUGUUCAUAAAGGAUUUUGAUCGUUGAACAAGACCAAGAAUUCAUAGUAAAUAGAGCUGUGUCAAGAUUCCCAGUGAUACACUCUUAAAAUGGAUCAUCAAGGGCCUGGACAGCCCCCAGUUACUGGGGUGGUGGGUAGCUCAAUUCAGAUGCCAUACAUUGUUGCUCCAUAUCAAGCUAACCAAAUGAUUUCUCCCCCUGCAUCCGUUGGAUCAGUUCCGCCUCCUUCAUGUACAUCUGGCCUCUCUGCUCCUCCAGCUCAGUUUGGACAACAUCAGCUUGCUUAUCAGCAUGUCCACCAGCAGCAGCAGCAACAGCAAUUGCAGCAACAACUCCAGAGUUUUUGGACAAGCCAGUAUCAAGACAUCGAGCAGACAACUGAUUUUAAGAACCAUAGCCUUCCAUUGGCUAGGAUUAAGAAGAUUAUGAAAGCAGAUGAGGAUGUUAGAAUGAUAGCAGCUGAGGCUCCUGUCAUAUUUGCCAGGGCCUGUGAGAUGUUCAUCCUUGAGUUGACUCUACGGUCUUGGAAUCACACCGAGGAGAACAAAAGGAGGACACUUCAGAAGAAUGACAUUGCAGCAGCCAUCACAAGGACUGAUAUAUUUGAUUUCUUGGUUGAUAUUGUACCGAGGGAAGAUUUGAAAGAUGAGGUACUUACAUCUAUCCCAAGAGGGACUCUUCCUGUUGGAGGUCCAACUGAGGGUCUUCCUUACUACUAUAUGCCACAGCAACAUGCUUCGCAGGCUGGAGCUCUGGGGAUGUACAUGGGGAAGCCUGUGGAUCAAGCCCUUUAUGGCCAGCAGCCUCAUCCUUAUAUAGGUCAGCAGAUGUGGCCUCAGCAACAGCAACCGCCUGAAGAUUCUUGAGCAGGGACGGUGUGGCUUGACCAUGACCGUGAGUAAUGAUAAGGGUUUGAUGGGGAAGGUUGCUUGAAUGUCAAUGAACAAGAAAAUUUGCCAAAGAGAGUAAAGGCCAAAUAGGAGACCUCAAGAUGUACAUAUAUGUAUGAUGAAAUUUUUACCACCUUCAGUUCAUGGAAUGAGGAGUCCAUCUUUUAUAAUUAUCACUUUUCUAUGUUAGAGAGAUGUCACAUGAUAAGUAGC